AUGCCUGGAGAUGGGGUGGAGGCGGGCGAGUCAACUAUGGACGUCACAUCGAAUGGCACACGCCCAUCACUGGAGACGUUGAAAAAUCUCGAUGCCAUUCCAACUCUGGCCGCCCGCUUGGAAGAGGCCCAGCGACUAUGUACCCAUGCCUUCCGAGCAGAGAUGAUAGUGAAGUGGCUGCUCGGAUGGCUCAAGGUGAGCGCAGAUGUCCGGUCAAGUACGAAAGCAUGGAAUUUGUUGCUACGUGCCCGGCUUGCCACUCUUCUCGUGGCCCAUGACCUUCUGAGCUACAUAGCUACCUCUCAGGAUGAGACUCAUGCCUCAACUGAUCUGUUGGCCGAACAUUUGAGCUUGCUACGCUUCUUGCUCGAAGUGUCAGACGGCCCCCACGGGACCCCAGUCAAGGCUGCAUUGAGCGUCAGACCAGAGUUUGCAGCAUUGUUCCUAGGCGCAUGGCUCCGACAUGUGCAGCAGAUCGCUGCUUCAGAUGACUUGCGUAGCUUCUCGCUGGAACAGGAAGGCGUCCUACAAUCGGCCUUGGAAAUUUGGAAGCUGCGGAAUUCAGGCGGCCCUGAGCUAUUUCCACGGCAUUGUCUGGUCCCGGCUGCCCUUUUGCUCGACUCUGAAUGCUUUCGAGGACCUGGCUCUUCGCUGAAGCGCAAGAUGCAUAAUGAGAGCGCAGUACAUCAGCCUGACGACCGCAAGUUGUUGGAUACAUUGGUAGCGAAGCAAAUAUUUGCCCGCGCAAGGGAGGUGUACCUGAAGAAUGAGGCGGUGCGAUCUAGCGGUAAUGAAGAAACUACAGAAGACUCUGGACCUGGUCACACGCUUCGAUCCUACCUCAAACCUCUGGGCCGAAGCCAUCCGCAAGUCACUCCGCAACUGCUUGAUACCGCACUGCGGUGCUCGUCAACGGCUCCGAAGAAGGACUCUGCAUGGUUUGAGGUCGUCCUGCGAGCUCUAUUGGACUGCAACUGCGAUGACAAUGGCAAGGUUAUCGACUUUUCAGUGCUGGCGAAGCUUCUGUCCACGUUUAGACAGCGCGCUACAUUGUCCAGAUCAGCAGUGAAUGAGCUUUUCCGACGUCUGACGGGCAUCAUGGAGGGCGCGCCAGAUGCUCAGUCUUCCGGUGAACUCUUCGACUACUGGAAGGCGGUAGCGGAGUUCGUAGCAAUGGACGCAGAUGUCUUCGCCGACGAACGGGUAGCCCAACAAACCUUUGCCUCGAUCAGUGAAAGUGUGGAGCGUUUCCAAUCGAGAAUCUCGCAUCGCGCAGUCCCGCAGAAGAGCAGCAAUCUUCGGGAAGGAACAGAAGGCGAUCUUCAAGUGCUCUGGAGGGAGAAGAUCGUCCUCCCCAUCAUGGGUGCAUUCGCAAAGCGACGCGACCUCGGUACUUUCAUCCAAAUCUGGUCAGACCAUUUGGACCGCAGUCGCACCAACAGUUCUGGCUGGCUGAGCGUUGGUUCCUCCUUUUCCGGAAUGGUCAAGAACGAGGUACCAGAAGAUGAGAUCUUCGGGUUGAUCUCGAAGCGUUUCGGAGAUCUCAAGCGCAAGCUGCGAGGCGCCUGGACGGAGCAGCCGAUCGAGUUCGCGGAAUCAGACUUCGUGGUCGCAAAUGCGUUACUUGCAGGAGCUACCACACCCAGUGUAUUACAGAGGCUACAGCCGAUGCUUGGAGAAUCUCUCUCUUCGCUCUUUGGUUUCUUGGAUAGCCAAGGGGAUGCGAAGGCAGAUGCUAAACCAUGUCGGGAAGGCAGCUUCUGGGAUAUGUUACGACGGGUCUUUGAGACUUGGUGGCCCGCAUGGACCGUUGAACAAUCACGGCCGAAUGAAGUCAGCGAGAAAGCCGUUGCGUUGAUGGGAAGUAGCACCGUGGAGGCUGCUUUCGGCAUCAUCAAGCUGAACGGGACCCAGAAAGACACUUCCCAAACUCCUGCGGAUCUGAUAAUCAAAGCUGGUGCUUUUGUCGCUGCCUUGUGCACCAAAUUCUUCCCGUUAUUCCGCUCUACUCCAUCCGCUCUCCAUGUGGAUGUGCUAAAGGCGGCACAAGGACUUGUCGACGGACUUGGUACUGCGGUUACACCCGUUUUGGUCCUCUACCCGGAGAUCGUGCACAUGCUGGACGUCAACGAGCGGAGCAAAUGCUUGUCGAAUUGCUUGGACGCGGUGGCAGCCAAAGAUGCCAGUGCUUCCAGCGAUGAUAUGGCGCUACAGGUGUUACAUUCGACUGUCAGAGGGGCCGAACCCCACAAACAAUCGGACCUGAUUCACGAGCUUGCUGAGUUGGCAAUGGACUAUCUCAAGCCCGAUUCGACCGAGAUGGAUCGUACAGCACUGGCCCAGCGCUCAACUGCACUCAAGCUACUCCAUGAUCUUCCGGUUCGGUCAAUCAGCCGUCCGCAGCGUGAGGCCAUUAUCGAUGCUGUCAGUCAGUUACAGACCCGGACUCCCCCUGUUGAUCCGCAAAACCAAAGUCUUCGACUCUCUCUUCUGGUCAGAUUGAUGAGUGUCGCAAAUGCCACUUGUAAUCUGUCAACCGAUCCGGACGCCAUCUGGCGAAUCGCCCGGUCGCUUGCCACGAGCAUACAAGAGGACGUAGAGCUUUCUGCCUUCGUAGACGAGAUGGCCAACAGAAUGCUGGAUCAUCUGGUCGUCACUCAAGACCAAGAACGAAGCCAGAAGAUGCUACUCGCAAUAUCUACAGAGGUGAAACGACAUGUUGAGAAUAUGCGCCAGAUGGAAAAUUUCGAUGCCUCGACCUGGGCACUGCCACUCCUCGGCAUCUUCGUCGGUCGUCUUGAGGCAGUAUCGAAGGCCGGGUUGAAGGAGCAGCUUGUUCAUCGGGACAGUAGAAUCUUCGGCCCAUUCUUGGAACUGGUGUGCGAGCACACUUUGGCGAGCGCCAAUCGUGAUCAAGAAGCUGCCAUCUCAGUCACACGGAACGAUUGGCUGAUUCCAGCGCUCUAUACGCUCUUGUCUGUUCCUCAACACCUGGCCCCUGCUUCCAUCAUGAAGAAGGUCGAUCUCAGUCGAUAUAAGGCAAUCGAAAACACAAUUCAUGCUCCAAGCGAUGUCGGUGCUGAAGCUCAGCACACUGACAAGGACGCCUCACAUACGGCCAAGUACCAACACAUCCAUGCCGUACUGGUUGGUUACUUCAGCGUCGGCUGCAGGUGUGGCUCGGCGGACGGUGGUGCUCAGUACGCACGUCUGGCAUGCAAGAUAGCCAGCCUACCACUACACCCGACACUGCACCGCCAGCUUUUCGAAGUCUUCGGUCACUUCGUGGGCAGGCUAGAUGCUCUUCAGAGAAUUGAUCUUGUCGAAUCGUUGCUUGCGGACAUUGAGGCGGGGUCUGUCUCGACCGUACGACUUCUGGAAAAGUGCUUUGCCAGUGUGGACGAGUCGAUGAUCGAGGAUGACAGCGGCCAAAGACUGCGAACGUCGAUCUGUCGACUGUUCAGCACAUAUGCGACCACGAGACCGUCGUUGCGCAAAGCAUUGGCCGCCGUCAUCACCACCAUCCUCAAACACAAAUCGUUCCUCACGUACCAGUUGACUGUUGAAGCGACGUUGGCCUCGAUGACAAUGAUACUGCAAACCCGCGAUUCUCCAUCAAGCAUCUCUCCAGAGAUUGACAUCAUGUCAAUCCUGCUCCUCCAGCAUCGAGCUCGUCUUCGAGGCCGCUGCCAGCACGUCAUCCAGGUCUUCCAGCUCAUGGUCUCGGCCUUGUUCGUCAAGCAAUCCGUACGCUCGCCCACCAAACUUCCAAGCAAAGUAUUGGUCCUCCAAAAUGCAAGCCGCGUAGCAAGGCUACUGACCAUGUUCUGCGAGCCAUCGCACACGCAAUGGAAGUCGAAAACGCCCAGCUUGGUGGACGAGUCUCGCAAAGAACAAGCCUACGUCGGCGAGCACGUGCAGUACGUGCUCCACCACUACUGCCAGCAGGUGUUGGCAACUACGCCUGUCGAGGGGGUCAGAGAUGCUCUGAAGCCGGGCCUGUGGUCUGUCAUUGAGGCGAUUGAGAUGAACGAUGCAGAGGGUGUCAAGGCUUUGAGUGCAGCGAUGAACAAUAGCGAGCGUGCUGUGCUGAGAGGGGUUUAUGAGGACUGGAGACGUUUUGGCAAAUGGCGUGGUGGUUAA